AUGUUUAUUGGAGUUAACAACACAAUUUUUAUGUUAUCUUUAUAUUACUUUUCAAAAGCUUCGAAGAAAACAUUAAACAUUAAAAACAUCACGAUUGACAACGCCAGCAUAUUGUGCGAACUGAGUCGACUUUCCCGUCAAUGCGAUAAAUUGUUCAGAAACUUCAACCGCAACUUUUAUUUGAGCUUCUGCUGUGCUUGCACCAAGAUGAGGUGA